AACAACACAUCAUGGCGGCCAGAGUCAUGUCGAGAAUGUACUUGUUUUAGUGAUGUGGCCAUCUGCAGACCCAUCCACUGCCCCAACCCCCAAUGUGACUUUCAAAGGGGGGAACGUUUGAGGAUCCCCGCCAACAAAUGCUGUCCAGAGUGCAUUUCCUUGUCUCACGACUCCUGCCAGUAUGAAGGGGUUACCUAUGGACAUGACAGCCAGUGGAGCCCCUCACCCUGCUCGGUGUGCGUUUGCUCUGAAGGCAGAACCACCUGUAGCGCCCUCCCCUGCCCCCAGCUCACCUGUCUGGGGGAUCAGACUCCGUUUGUCCCAGCUGGAGAGUGCUGCCCCAAGUGUGGCCACAAUGGAGAAUCUUGCCCUUGGCAGGGAAUCGUCUACAGGGAUGGUGAGGAGUGGAAACCCAGCCUCUGCUCCAGAUGUGUGUGCAGCAACGGGACGGCCCAGUGUUCAGUGGUGGAGUGUCAGCAGGUGGCCUGCAACCCACGUGAGAACCUGGUAAUCCAACCAGGCCAGUGCUGCCCUCAGUGUGUGUCCAAUCCUUGUCUCUUUGCUGGGAAACAGUACCAGUGCUGUGAGGAAUGUGCUCCUGCCAAAGGAAGCUGCCUGUAUCAGGAUGCAGUACACUACCACGGAGACAUGUGGAACAGCACGGACUGCGAGUUCUGCACCUGUAGCCUGGGUCAGGUCCUCUGCCGGAAAGCUGAGUGUGGACGAGUCGAAUGCCGACAG